GACAGACCCGUGAGACUGUUGUUCAUACGUAGGCUACAGCGCAUGGAAUUACAGCUUUUUGAAUUGAACGGAAAGCACAGUCGCACCUGACGCAUCCUAAAGACAUUAACGCGAACGUAAACUAUUUUUUCUCCUCUUUUGAUGUUUAUCUCAACCAUGGCUGCGUUAAUGAUUAGAUUACAUUCAGCAAUGACUCCGCGAAAGUUUUGACCUUUAUAACAGCAGUUAUUGUUGGCUCUCCCAACGGAUCCUUCAAGACUCGAGCAAGAGAUCAAGACUCGAUUACGAAAUCUCAUGUAAACUUUAUAGAUGAAGAUUAAAAACAUCGGCACGCGCUUCUUCUCUCUGCCAAGCAUCGCACAUGGGGUGACACUGAGGAGCUUCCUGGGCCACUGAGACCUCAGACAAGCUGCCCUCUCAUUGACUACUGGCUGUCUGGUUGCAGGGCUUUGCCAGCUGUCACCAUGAGCAAAUACUCCCAGUACUUCAACACGUGCCUCGUAAGGGACCACUAUAAAAUUGUCAAGAACAUGAGCCAGAAGGAAUUAGAUGACCGCACGAUUGAACAAAGCCUGAGCACCCUGAACAUUUUAUUUGUCAUAAUCUGCAGUAUCAUCAUCUUCGAAAACCUCUUGGUGCUCAUUGCUGUGUUUCGCAAUAAGAAGUUCCACUCUGCCAUGUUCUUCUUCAUCGGAAACCUGGCCUUCUCAGACCUACUGGCUGGCUCCGCUUAUAUUGCCAACAUCUUCCUGUCAGGCCCGAAGACAUUUCAGUUGGUGCCUGUCCAGUGGUUCAUACGAGAAGGGACUACUUUCAUAGCACUGGCUGCCUCCGUUUUCAGCCUGCUGGCUAUCGCCAUAGAGCGCUACAUUGCCAUCACCAAGGUCAAGGUUUAUGGCUCCAACAAAACUUGCCGCAUGUUCCUUUUGAUCGGAGCAUGCUGGGUGAUGUCCAUCCUUCUGGGAGGUCUUCCCAUUUUUGGUUGGAACUGUAUAAAUAACGUUAAGGAUUGCUCCUCUGUCCUUCCUCUCAACUCCCGAUACUACAUCCUUUUUGUCGUUACCAUCUUUACCAUCAUCUUGAUGUCCAUUGUGAUCCUUUACGUUCGCAUCUAUCUUAUUGUGCGAACAAGCCAGCAAGAGGCCACCAAUUCUCCAGCUUAUGCUCUCCUGAAGACUGUCACGAUUGUGCUCGGCGUAUUCAUCAUUUGUUGGUUACCCGCAUUCACCAUCCUUCUCUUGGACACUUCCUGUUCAAUAAAAGAAUGUCCUAUUCUCAACAAUGCUACCAUCUUCUUCAGCAUCACCACAAUGAAUUCGGCACUGAACCCACUGAUCUACACAUUGCGGAGUAAGGAAAUGAGGAGGGAGUUUCUCAGGGUGCUUUGCUGCUGGGGGCUGUUCAAUUGUGGCAGGCCUUCUCACCGCUGCAUGGUGCCACUCAAGAGCUCGAUUUCAAUGGAGCACUGCACCAACAAACACGAACAUCAGUCAAUUCCCAUCAUGCAGGACUGCACUACUGUCUGAUUUUGUCUCCUCAAUGCCCAGGUGUUUGAAGACAAGGGGAGACCCCAUCUUUGAGGCAAGGCACAGAAGACAGAAGUGUUCAGAGACCUCACAGAUGAAACGUGAAUCACAAUCAGUGUAUUUGGACUCAUGGACAUUUAGAGCAGAUAUCACAGCUGUGCUACCGGACUCCUGCGUGUCAUCUGUUGCUUCUGUCCUUGCAAAAGUUCCUGAACAUCACAGAAUGAGACUUCACCACAUAUUUGACAUUAGAAGGCAAAUUAAAGAAAAACAAUUCCAAAUGGGAAUAUCCAUUGAAGCUCUUUGACAAAACAUGAAAAAUGAAAGUCGCACUUUGCAGACUUCUAGGCAGCUUGGGAUUGUAUAUUUCUCAUAUGCUGACCAACCUAACAGAAGUCGCAUACAAGAUGUAUCCUAUCCACAAGUAGAUUACCACUGUUCAGAUAUUUGAGAGGACCGAUUGAAAUGUACAGAUUGACAAUGCACUCCGUGUGAGCCAAACAAAACAUGCAUGCUUGCAGAACCUCUCCUAAUGUACACAUCAAAUUACUUGUUAUACAUAACAUCCUUUGAUUGCCGACAAUAAAAGGAUUCCACUUCAUUGUAUUGCAUGAAAAUCUAACCUGUAAAAAAACUAAUAUGUAUGACCAAUCUAUGUAAAAUUGUCAAUGUUACUUCUCUUUGUAUUUUAUUUUGCUUUAACAUCCCUAUUUUAUUUCCUAAGAGUAAAGCA